AUGUAUCUACGCCCACCCGCAGAAGAUGUGCAUUGCGAAUCGAUCGAUCCGAGUGCUGGGCAGAGGGUCAAACGGCAGGACCAACGGUGCUACUCGUACCAGAUCGAUGAGAACCGUCUCGGCGCGGCAGAAGUCGAGUGCAUGACAACGAUGAUCCGAGAGGUACGUCCACGCAGAACAUUUUAGUGCAAGAGACCGCCGAAUCAUUGGAUGAUGGCUCGUGCGUUAGCUACUCAAGCAAACCGACGGGCACCACCACAUCCACAGAACCCCAGAUCCGACACGCUCUUGGAAUCGAACGAUUUGUCUGGAUGUGCUUCCAAUUCGAACUGCUGUCGGUGAUGGAGGAGAAGAGCAGGAAACGUGGUUGAACCGAAUGACAUCUGCAAUAUCGGAUCAUUCUUAUGACUGAAAGUCUUGAGAAGUCUUGAGUGUCAUUCCUUUAUAAUUGUCGUUGCUGUCGUUGAAUCUAGUAGAGAAUCUAGAACCUAACCUCACUUUUACCCAUCUUCAAAACGUUUCCAAUUCCAUUUCCUCCAAAUGUUUCCCCCCAGCGAUUUACUUUGCUCAUCCCAAUUCUGCCAAAAUACGAACACAACCUGACUCACGUUUUUGUUUCCUUCUUCCAUUUUCUUGCCAUACCCUCCUUUCUCGUGUCGCCAGCAAGUUGAGAUUGAGAAAAAGUAAACAAGCCGAACGACGCGUGUUGUGAUAGAAAGUAUGCUAGAUAGAAAUGCGCAGUUCCUAAGGUGAGCAAUGUCCGAUGCACCAUGUGGAGUACCAGCACACUUGGAACUUUUGUAUCAAAUCAAGAUCUUGAUGAUGUGACUCAAGAGCAACUUUAUCGAAUUGGAUCGUAAAACUCUGUGGCUUCAGUGCUUAUCACAAUAUGCAAGUGUCGGCAAAGUCGUAAAGUUGUAAAAUGAGGAGAAAAUGCGAGCCCGUAUGACGUAGACCGUUCAGAGAUUCUGAAAAGCGCUCCGAAAUCGAUGAAACUAUUUGGUGCCCAACUUCCACGCGCACUCAGUACUUUAGAAAGUGGUCCUAGCAAAAAAGUGUCAACUAGAAAAAUGAAGUGAUUAUUAUGAAACAUGUUUUUGUAGUCAACAAUUAUUUGUACAACCACUUCUCAGGGUACUGUAGAUCUAGAAAGUUGUCCUAGUCCUAGCUUCCAGGGAGUGGUCGUGGAAAUACGUUGUCAACUACAAAAUUAUCGUUCGAGAUGUGAAAAAUGUGCUCACCAACUUUUAGAACAAUAUGACGGCUUCUGGAGCUACAGUACACAUUCAAAUUUGGGCGACUCAAAAACACUCUACCGUAUCGCUAUCGUCCGUCUCUUUGUGCUCUUAUCAGGGUGGAGCCGCUCGACUUCCUGUUCGAAAUGAGUAACUAACGUCGUCUUAUCACUUAUUUUUCGUCGCGAAGAGAAGGGCGGCGUCUCUCUUGUCUCCGAACUUUUUUUGUGCUCUCGUUAUGCUCCGACUAUAAAACUAGGCGACGCUGAUAGCGAAACCCCACCCCGAUUCUGGCACUGAUUCGAUGAGCAAGCGCGAAAUGCCCACCGCCACUAUUGUGUGCUCGCUCAUUUUUCUGCCACUCUUCCUCAAAUCCAUCGCCACGUCGCCAAUCGCCACGUCACCCAAAAUCCAUGUGAAAUGCGGCGAUCGUCGGGUGGCGCACGCAAAAGUUCACUUUUUCGACCGCGAAUUCCCGCCGACAGAAAUCAAAGAGUUGCACGGGAUGACCGACGAGUUCGGACACUAUCAUUUUGCGCCGAGUGUCGACUAUGAAAAGUACGAUUUUCAAGAGAUCCAGCUGUUCAUCAGAGAUCGGUGCGGCAUCGAGGAGAAGGAGAUUGUGAGUGGUUGUAAAUUCAAAAUCUGAGUGACGUUCUGGCGCCAAAACGUAAUCACUUAACCGCAAACCGCAAAAUGGCAAACAUUUACUUGCUCACUGUAAAGACGUACAUAGUAACUUCAUAGUAGCUCAACCGCUGACUUCCCCCCGACCGAACACACGUUUUUCAGAACUGCAACCUUCCGUUCAACAUCUUCGACAUUCCGCUCAAAGAACUCUUCCCCAGGUGCGAAUUCGAGCACCGUCAGGCGCUUCUAGACCUCGCCGAUCCGGUCUGGAACAACUAUCGCCAAAUUCAUUGUUUGUAG